UCCUUAUUCCUCUUGCCAUUCUAGUUUUCAUAAUUGCAGGGGUAAGCCUUCUUGUGACAAUCAUCAUCGGAAUUGCAGGUGUAUUAGUACUAUCAUUUACUCCUACUUCCCUUUUGGAAAAUAUACAAUUCAGCUACUAUAGUAAUCAGACUAUGCUAGAAGCAAUUAAUCACAUUGUAUUCAUUGCAAUUCUCGCGGGUUGUUUGGCAAUUAUAGUUUGUUUAAUUGCAGCACUAAACCCAAUUCUCAAAAUAACCUUCGGAGUUGGAAUUGUAUUCACACUCAUCUUUAUUGCCAUCUACAAAUGGGACACUUAUAUAGUGGAUGACCUUUUGGACCUCGUGUUACCAUCCAUCAUCACUGGGGUCAUCAUCUGGGCACCAAGGAUAAUCAUUUGUCCUUUAGUAUUCUGGUUUUUGAUCUACAAAUAUCGGAGAAGGCAUUUGUCUUCUUUCGAGGGAGUAGAGUCAUUCCUACAAAGUGAUAACAAACUCGUGCCAAUAAGGUAUUCUUACUCAGAGGUAAAGAAGAUGACUAAGAAUUUUGAAGACAAACUAGGCCAAGGGGGAUUUGGUUCUGUUUACAAGGGAAAGCUUCGAAGUGGCCAUCUUGUGGCAGUCAAAUUGCUUAAGAAGUCCGGAGCUAAUGGGCAAGACUUCAUCAAUGAAAUAGCAACUAUUGGAAGGAUCCAUCAUGUAAACAUUGUCCAACUUGUUGGAUAUUGUGUUGAAAGAUCAAAGCGAGCCCUCAUUUUUGAUUUCAUGCCAAAUGGUUCCCUUGACAAGUAUAUUUUCAACCGAGAAAAAGGCAUUUCAUUGGAUUGGGAUACAAAAUUUAUGAUUGCACUUGAAGUGGCUCGAGGGAUCAGGUAUUUGCACCAUGGUUGUGACAUUCAGAUCUUGCAUUUUGACAUCAAACCUCACAAUAUUCUUCUUGAUGAUAAGUUCGUCCCAAAAAUAUCUGAUUUCGGGUUGGCAAAAUUAUGUGCUGCAAACAAGGAGGCAGUGACAUUGACGGCUGCCAGAGGAACCAUCGGGUAUGUAGCUCCUGAACUUAUCAAUAGAAGCAUUGGCGCAGUGUCUUACAAGGCUGAUGUGUAUAGUUUUGGGAUGUUAUUGAUGGAAAUGGUAAACUUAAACAAAGAUUUGACAAGGAACGAUGAUGAAUCUAGUAAGUAUUUCCCAAACUGGAUAUACGACCACUUGAACCAAGGAAAGGACAUUGACAUUGGAUAUGUUAAUGAAAAUGAUGAUAGAAACAUAGGUCGGAAGAUGACUAUUGUUGCAUUAUGGUGCAUACAAAUGAGCCCAGACCAUCGUCCAUCAAUGAAUAAGGUGUUGGAGAUGUUAGAAGGUGAUGUUGAACAUCUACAGAUUCCCAAUUAUCUAUCAUUUGUGGCAGGAAAUGAGGAAGAAAGCUGGGCUACAGAUUCAAAUGCUUCCAUAUCAUUGUUGCAUGAUAACAAUGAGAGCAACAUUAUUGAGAUUAUUAGUAAUGCUUGAAAUAUUUGUAUUAUCAUCUAUGUUCACUUAGAAACAAGUUCCACUGAUUGUGUAUUUGUGAGAUGUUCAUAAUCAUAUGUAUCAUGAGUGAAGUACCAAAUUAUUAAUGAGUUUGCCAUGAUUAAAAUAGGCCUAAAAACAAUGUAACUGCUUAUACUAUUUAUGUUUAUGUAUAGGCUCCAUUUAAGCAA